AUGCAAAAAAUGGCAACCAAGGUGUUUUCCAAACCAAAAUUGCUUAGCGAAUUUUUGGGAAUCUGUAGAAAGAAUAAGUACUUUGCCGCAACUGUAGAGAAUAAUUUGAUUAGGGAUGUAAAGUUUUUGGAUCAUUCGCCGAAUUUGCAAGCAAACAUCGAACGGCAAUGGUUGUUCAAGAGUGAGGAGAUUGAGAAUAGCUUGAAAACGUAUAACAACGACGAGUUUUCGGAGUACGGAGAGAAUUUAUCACUGUUGGAGAAGCAUUCAGUGGUUCGUAAAAGAGAUCGACUCGCAAGGUCCAUUCCGUUUGGCUUGAUUGAAAUUGAGAAUCAUGACAAACCGAUGAUCGUUGGAGGUGGCAGUACUGAAGAUAAGACAAUUGGUAUUCAGCUGGAAAAUAGUCCAAAGCUGUUGACCUGCUGGUAUUUAGUCAAUGACAAACAAAGCCAAGAGUACUUCUAUCGGAUCCAACGUUUGCGGAAGAUUUGGUGGAUGAAGUAUGCAGCCAACCCCGGACGUUUUGUAAUCUCAGAAGUCAAACAGGAUGAUGAAAAAGACACUAAAUCAGUUUCGAUCAAAGCAACUUACCCAUUCGGUACGAUUGAUAUUGAGAGUAUCGAAGUAAAACCCCUAGAUUUGUCAGAAUCAUCCACAGAGCCAAAGACUAAAACUUCUGCUCCCACCAAAGUUAUAAAAACUACCACAGUUUCUGAAGUAGCUGUUAUUGAAACUGUUCUGGAUAGUAUUGACGCUGGUGACUUUGGUGAAAUGUGUCUUCAUCGGAAAAUUGCUCCGUAUCAAUGCACUGUGUACAGCAUAUCAACCGAUCCAUCAAUUUCAAACGAACUGAAGGAUUUAUCGAAGUAUGUUUCCUUGUUACUUGAGCAGUCACACAUUUCCAUUCUGAACUCAGAUGGCUGUCAACUCUCCGAUAAAUCGGCUCUUGAGCAGAAAUGCAAUGAAAUGGAUGCGAUUGGUGUUCCAUACGGAAUUAUUCUGGAUGAAGACAGUUUAAAAACUGGAUUCAUGAAACUCCGUAAUCGUGAUACCACUCUCGCCGAAACUAUUCACAUCAGCUACCUGAAAGAUUACUUACCCCAAAUAUUUCAAGCAUAAGAUCAAUCGUUCGAUAUCUGUGAUUUACAAUUGAAGGCUUACGGAAUAAACAAGAAAACAUUACCAAUUUCUUGUUUCUUGUACAAUUUUUUUUUAUAAAUACAGAUGUCACAGCAAACCAGUUCCAGUAUUGAAAAAUGUACGAGGUUUAUUUAGGAAAGAAGAUUUUUUAAUUGGAAAUUGCUUCUUUGAAAAACACCAUCGAUCAAUUUCCGAAAUUCAUAAAAUGUUUCAAGAUUUUUAUCAAAAUAGAUUAUGAUUUUUUUCAAACAGCACCUUCUUUCUCGACACAGAGUUAAAAUUGUAAAACUGUUCAGAAUUUGCGGGCUUGGCAGAUUUAUAGAGAGAGAAAAAUCAGGGGAUGUAUAACUAAAAGCAUUUUGUUUGUUAUUUUCUUUCAGUUUUAAUGAUAUUUUUUUGUACUUUUUUCCUUUUUUCUUAAUUACUAUUUGCCAUUUUUUUUGUCUUGAAAAUUGAAAAUAUUACAACUAUGGACAGUGUAGCACACUGAAUGUGAUAUUAAACAGUUUAAAACUUCA